CGCCCCGGCCGCGGAGCCAAUGGGCGCGCGGGCAGCAGGGCGGGCGGGGCUGGGUGCGGGCGGCGGCGGCCGGCAGAAGAGCGGGCGGAGGGCGCGGGCCGAGCGGGCGCACCGACCAUGGCCUCCAAGUGCCCUAAGUGCGACAAGACCGUGUACUUCGCCGAGAAGGUGAGCUCCCUGGGUAAGGACUGGCACAAGUUCUGCCUCAAGUGUGAGCGCUGCAGCAAGACGCUGACCCCCGGGGGCCACGCUGAGCAUGACGGGAAGCCGUUCUGCCACAAGCCCUGCUACGCCACGCUCUUCGGACCCAAAGGCGUGAACAUCGGGGGUGCAGGCUCCUACAUCUAUGAGAAGCCCCUGGUGGAGGGGCCGCAGGUCACCGGCCCCAUCGAGGUCCCCACGGCCCGAGCGGAGGAGCGGAAAGUGAGCGGCCCCCCGAAGGGGCCCAGCAGAGCCUCCAGCGUCACCACGUUCACUGGGGAGCCCAACACGUGCCCACGCUGCGGCAAGAAGGUGUACUUUGCUGAGAAGGUGACAUCUCUGGGCAAGGAUUGGCACCGGCCCUGCCUGCGCUGUGAGCGCUGCGGGAAGACACUGACCCCUGGUGGGCACGCGGAGCACGAUGGCCAGCCUUACUGCCACAAGCCCUGCUAUGGAAUCCUCUUCGGACCCAAGGGCGUGAACACCGGUGCCGUAGGCAGCUACAUCUAUGACCGAGACCCUGAAGGCAAGGUUCAGCCCUAGGCCACUGCUUUCAGGUGUGGGCCCACCUGUGCCCCGACCCUGAGGGGCCCCCUGCUUGGCCCAGUUCUAUAGCAAGCCCGGGGCGUGUUGGAGAAGGGGCGGCCACCGGCAGAGCACCACACCCAUCCCUGAGGCUCUGCUGUGUCCGCUCCUCUGGCAUUCUUGGGUGUCCUGUGACCCUCUGACCCCUGUGUGACUCUGUCCCAGCAUUUCCCUGGCCCUGCGGCACUGUCCACUCUGCCUCCCUCUCCUGCUGCCCACCCCCCUGCCACUGUUAUUUAUGCUCCCUUCAUGGGUGAUGGUCAUGCCCUCACCGUGCCCCUGGCUGAGUUCGCCCCUCCGGGGUGCCCUGCUUGGUGUGCCCCACAAGCACUCCACACCCUCAUGUGGCUCACCUGCUGCCAAUAAAGGGUUUGAGGAUUGCA